AUGUGGCUCUCGGAUGCUCAGAAAAUUGGCGUUGCUCUCACAUCCUUUGGAGGGCUUUUCAUGAUGCUAGGCAUUGUGCUCUUCUUUGACGGCGCCCUGCUUGCUCUUGGCAAUCUCCUCUUCCUGUCUGGCAUCACUCUAAUUAUUGGCCCAACGAAAACAUUCUACUUCUUCGCGCGCAAGCAAAAGAUUCGUGGGACAGCUUGUUUCCUGGGCGGCAUCUUGCUCGUAUUCCUCAAAUGGCCGUUCAUUGGAGUCAUUGUUGAAGUAUUUGGGUUCUUGAAUCUAUUUGGGGACUUCUUCCCUGUUAUCGUGACCUUCCUGCGUCAGCUUCCAUUUAUUGGGAACUUGCUCUCGUUACCGUUUAUCAGCACAGUGGUAGAUCGGGUAGCUGGGUCUCGUACGUCCGCUGUAUGA